AUGACUGGAGUCUUUGACAGUCUGGUGGCUGAUAUGCACUCGACCCAGAUUACGGCCUCCAGCACGUACCACCAGCACCAGCAGCCCCCAAGCGGUGGUGGCGCUGGCCCGGGCAGCAGCAACGUCAGCAGCCUCCACAAGCCUCAGGAGUCGCCGACCCUCCCGGUGUCCACGGCUACCGACAGCAGCUACUACACCAACCAGCAGCACCCGGCGGGUGGAGGCGGCGGUGGGGGCUCGCCCUACGCGCACAUGGGUUCCUACCAAUACCACGCCAGCGGCCUCAACAACGUCCCUUAUUCCGCCAAGAGUGGCUACGACCUGGGAUACACCGCCGCCUACACCUCCUACGCACCCUAUGGGACCAGUUCGUCCCCGGCCAACAACGAACCUGAGAAAGAGGACCUCGAGCCUGAAAUUCGGAUAGUGAACGGGAAGCCAAAGAAAGUCCGGAAACCCCGCACCAUCUACUCCAGUUUCCAGCUGGCGGCUCUUCAGCGGCGUUUCCAAAAGACCCAGUACCUGGCGCUGCCCGAGCGAGCCGAGCUGGCCGCGUCUCUGGGCCUCACCCAGACUCAGGUCAAAAUUUGGUUCCAGAACCGCCGAUCCAAAUUCAAGAAGAUGUGGAAAAGCGGUGAGAUCCCCACGGAGCAGCACCCUGGGGCCAGCGCCUCGCCACCCUGCGCUUCGCCGCCCGUCUCGGCGCCGGCCUCCUGGGACUUCGGCGCGCCUCAGCGGAUGGGGGGCGGCGGCGGCCCAGGCAGCGGAGGCAGCGGCGCGGGCAGCUCCGGCUCCAGCCCGAGCAGCGCGGCCUCGGCUUUCCUGGGCAACUACCCGUGGUACCACCAGACCUCGGGCUCCGCCUCACACCUGCAGGCCGCUGCGCCGCUGCUGCACCCGGCGCAGACUCAGCAGCCACACCACCACCACCACCACCACCACCACGGCGGCGGGGGCGCCCCAGUGAGCGCCGGCACGAUUUUCUAA